CUCUCUCUCUAAAUUAUACUUACACUUAUAACAUCUUUACCAUACAAGAUACUGACUUGAGCGUCGGAGUGCCCACGGGGUGAACCCCCUCGGGCCCUCUAACUAGAGUUUCAUGUGGAUGCAGCCUGAGACCGAUACUCCGCAAGAGGAACUGCCACCGCGACAGCGAGAUGACGAGCCUGAACCGAAGCUCACCGAAUCUAAGAAAAACCUGUGGUCGGUUCAGAAUGGUGACGACGUUAAUCGAGGACAGUUGUGAUGACAGUGUAUGCAGGGUUGAAACUGUUAUGAAAACCUAUGAUGUGGAGAAGGUGAACGGAUCGGAAAAGACUGAGUUACUGUUGGAAAACACUGAAGCUGUUGAAGUUCAAAUUCCGUCGAUGGAGGAGAUCGUUGAGGUAGUUGAAGAUGAUAAGAUAUCUCCAAUAGUUGUUAUGGAGAAUGCUGAAGUUUUGAGCUCGGAAGACAACGCAGCAGAAUCAGUCAAUAAGGCUGUAGAACUUUGGCCGAUGGAGGAGAUUGUUGAGGCGAUUGAAGAUGAUAAGAUAUCUCCAAUUGUGGUUAUAGAGAAUGCUGAAGUUUUGAGCUCGAAAGACAAUGUUGCGGCUGUAGAACUUCGACCGAUUGAGGAGAUUGUUGAGGCGAUUGAAGAUGAUAAGAUGUCUCCAAUAGUUGUUAUGGAGAAUGCUGAAGUUUUGACUCCAAUAGUUGUUAUGGAGAAUGCUGAAGUUUUGAAGUCGGAAGACGAUGAUGUAGCAGAAUCUGUUAAAGAGGCUGCUGAACAUGUGUUGGAGAUAGAAGCUACCAACAAUGAUCCAUUCGUGAGGGCAUCGGAGGGUAUAAUCAAUGAUGGUGAACAAACACAAAUUUUAGUUAAGGAAGGUACUGUUAUGGAUCACGUUAAAUUAAGUUUCCCUGCCACAUUUGUGAGGCUUGAACUUAAUAUUCCAUUUGGUUCAUUCGGUCAAUCGGGUGACAAAACUAGUGUGUUGAAAGACUCGAACCCUGAGACUGAACCGGAAUGUUUUGCUGAGGUUGUUGAUGACAUAGAGGAUGGUCAACGGGACGGUCAAAGGGUCGGGGUUUCUGUUCAUGUUCAGACUGAGGAGAUGGAGCUUCCAUCGUAUUGCUUUGUGGUUAAAAAUCCAGGAUACGAAGAUGAAAAGCUAAACCAGCAGAUUAAAAAUGCUGAGCUGGAGCUUGACGAGAAGAGGAGGUGUAAAGAUGCGAUUUCGGAUGAACUUCACUUAAAAUUGGAAAGUAUAUUGUUCCAUAAUGAGGCAUUCCAUACUAAAAACAUGGAGUUAAGGGCUGCAAGACAAUUAAUCAAAUCAAAGAGGCACCAAAUAGACCAUGCUGAACGCCUCAUCAACAAAAUCAAGAAUGCCAUUACAGUUAAAGAUAUCGAUAGCAAGAUAUCUAAAGCGGAACAUAUUAUAAAGAAUGGAACACCGUGCUUAGAAGAUGAAAAACGGUUCGCUCGUGAAAUCAAACAGUUGAAGAGUUUGCGCGCUCAACUAGCUUUAAACAUGGGUAGCCCUGAUGAAAUUCAGCAAAAAGACCAAAUAGAGGAGCUUAUAAAGAAAUUAAACGCGGAACUGAAAACCUUAAAAGAUGAUGUUUCAAAAGCUCAAGUGGUUAGCUAUAUAAUAAGGAGAAAAUACCUUGAGGAGCUUGAAAUGGUAAAGGAACUACGGGUCCAAUUCGUCGCUGCUGAGGAAUCUCGCAAAGAAGCAUCUAUGUGUUUACAAAGUUUGAAGAAACAAUUAAAUGAUAAGGUGGAGAGCUUUUUGGGUAAAUGGGAUACAGAUGAAGAAUUUAGGACAGACUACAUUAGCCGGCGCAAUAUGGUUGCAACAUAUGAUAUACCUUCAUGUGUGUUCCCGAAUGAUUCGGACCCAAAGGUUGUCAACAGUUCAGGACCCACCUUAGAUGAAAUAGAAACCGUUAUAAAUCUAGAAACACUGGAAACAAUUAAAAUUGUUGAACUAAGUGAUUCAACAGAUGAUUCGGACCCAAAGGUUACCAGCAAGCCGGGACCCACACCAGAUGAAAUAGAACCCGUGUCCGGUAUUAAUUUAGAAACACUUCAAACAGUUAAAUCUGUUGAAGAACGACACUCGGAUGGUCCGAUUAAGGAGAAUGUAUUUGGGGAAGUUGAACAAGUGAUGAAAACCGAAGAACCUACCGAACCAAAUGAGAUAAUAGAGAUUAAAGAAAAUGAAGAAACAAAUGAAUUAGUGAAAGAAGAGAUUGAGGUUAUGUUGAAAGAAAAAAUUCUGUUGGAGAAAAAGAUGAAAGCAAAUGAGGCCCAUGAAAGGAAGAAACAAAAUGCUAAAAAGGCCCCCACACGGGCUGAGAUGAAGGCCCAACAGGAAGCCCAACAGCAAGAAAAGAGGAGAUUAAAGCGAUUGAAAAAGAAGGAAAAGAAGCAGGCAGCUCAGGAAAGGAAGCGGGCAGCUAGAGAUGCCGCCAUCAACAGCAUUGAUGAUGUAGUCGUCGCGGAGUCAAACAAGUCAAAGGAGGUUGAAAACACAAACGGAAAAUCUUCGGUGGUGGCUGUGGCAAUCAGAAACCAGAAAUGGUGGCGGCAUUGGGGAAGUAUGGUGAUCACUGUUGUCGUUCUACUUUUAUCGGUUUUUUCACUUCUCCAGUAGCAAAUACCGAGUAUUUUUCGAAAAGUAACACUAGCAAGUACAUAGUAUUCUCUACAUUGUAAUUAUGAUUUAGUUCCAACUCCAUACUUCUAGUUUAACUUUAUAUUAUAGAUUGUUUAUAAUAUUAUUAUUCGGUUCUGAUAUAAUGAUUUUCAUGGUUUCUUGUAAAUUUUUGUUUUGAGAUUGAACAUAUUUUACAUUUUGAGUACCUAAGUAUGGUUGGAGGAACAUAUGCAAAUGCCACCCUGAAGACAGUUGGGGUUGUACCUUUGGCUUAUUGUGUGGUACAUGUUCACAUUCUAAGAUUCCUUUGUACCUAUCUAUUUGGAGUUGAAAGAACAAGUAAUUGACUUCCAAAUGGUGAAUGGGGUUUGGGGACCAUAAAAUGGUACUAUUCCCAUUUCUCAAUAGGAAGCUGGCAUUAGUUGUCC